GAAACAAACAAUAGAGCUGCAGUAAGAGGAGGAGCAACACUGGAAAGAGGAGAGAUACAACGUCACACUCCAGAAAUGAAAGUUAAGUUUGUCAGAGUGUCAGCCACGCUGCAGUAGAGACAAGACUCUGUUUCUCUCUGAAAGAAAACUCAAACUGACUUCAUCAGGUCUUUCUCAACAACACAGCAGAGUCUCUGCCAAACACUGUUAUGACUGCUGAGGAGACACUCAGUGAAGAGAUGAAGAAGCAGCUCGCUGAGUCUGAGCUGAAGAGGGUCCAGCAGUAUGCAGUGGAUGUGACUCUUGAUCCUGAUACAGCACAUCCUGAACUCAUCCUGUCUGAUGAUGGGAAACAAGUGAAUCUUGGUGAUGUGAUGAAGAAUCUCCCAGACAACCCAGAGAGAUUUUCUAAGUGUCCUAGUGUUUUAGGAAAACAGAGUUUCUCUUCAGGCAGAUUUUACUUUGAGGUUCAAGUUAAAGGAAAGACUGAUUGGGAUUUAGGAGUGGCCAGAGAGUCGAUCAACAGGAAGGGACUAAUCACACUGAUCCCACAGAAAGGUUACUGGACGAUAUGGUUGAGAAAUGGAAAUGAGUAUGAAGCUAAUGAUGAUCCUCCAGUCCGUCUCUCUCUGAAGUCUCCACCUCAGAAGGUGGGGGUGUUGGUGGAUUAUGAGGGUCUGGUGUCCUUUUAUGACGUAGAUGCUGCAGCUCUUAUCUACUCCUUUACUGGCUGCUCCUUCACUGAGAAACUCUUCCCAUACUUCAGUCCCUAUGACAAUGACGAUGGUAAAAACUCUGCCCCUCUGAUCAUCUCUCCUGUCAGAGUAAACUAAUCACUGAUCUCAUUUUAGGUCAUUUCAAAUCAUUGAUUUAUUUUCAAUAAAGGGAACAAAUGUACAUAUUCAUAUAUUUUACAUCUUAUUUUCUACAGAAUCUGUUUCCUGUGGUGACUGAUUUACACUUUAUUCCUUUCAUUAUCAUAUGAGUAAAUGUGCAGCAAUUCUUUGC